AUGAAUCAGGAUCAAGGUAUUGAUAAUUAUGCUGAUGCUAACAAUGAAUUAUCGGGUGAUGAACUGAUGUAUGAUGGGUCAUUACAAUCAAGUUUUAGUUCGCCGAUACGUCCCACAACGCGCGAUCAUACUCAAAAUAUUCUUGACAAACAGAAGGAAAGACAUAACGCGUUAUAUCAUCCCCUAUCUUCACCUGUCAAGGGCAAUUCCUUCCACAGAAACAAAGUAGUACGAUUGCGCGGUGCAGUGAUCAAUCCGAGGAACAAACAUGAAAAAAUGAAGGAAAUAAGAGGACUUCAUAAACAUGACGUCUUGAUGAACAAUCGGGAGAAAAUUCAAAAUUUUCAAUCCAAGAAUGAUUUACUAAACCAAUGGAAUCGAGAAGCAGACGAACUUGCAGGCGAGAUCUACAUAAAUGAAUGGCUAGAAAGAGACCAAGAAGAUAACGACGAUAACUCGUAUAAGGACGGGGGUAUAGAUGAACAGGAUAUUCUCCAACAAGAGCUUGAAGAGUUUCUAAGGGCGGAGCAAGAAGAACUUGAACAGCAAAUUGAAAACUUGGCAAUAUGA